AUGCCCCAACCCGGCAGCAGCCGGCGGCGGCCCGCGGCGACGCCCUUGCCCUACCGACGGCUCAUCAUUCCCUUACUGCUCUUCUUCGUCGAAGCUCUGGCCACGUCCGUCGUGCUGCCUUUAACGCCGUUCUUAGUCCGAGCGCACGUACAGCACGAUUACGCGGUAGGCUACUACUCCGGGUGCAUGAACGCGGCCUUCGUCGCGGGCCAAGCUAUCUCUUCAAUAAUCUGGGUCGCGUUAUCGGAGCGGUGCGGCCGGCGGAGCGUCCUGCUUUCAUGUCUACUGCUGACGAGCGGAUGCCUAGUCAUUUUUGGCGCCGCGCCCACGCUCCUCAUCGCCGUCAUAACACGCUUCGCGCAAGGCCUCGCAAGUGGCACCAGCGUCGUCGGGAAGGCCUACGUCGCCGAUGUAACAGACGCAACGAACGAGGACUCCGCCUUCGCAAUAGUCGGCGUCGUCUACGGCGCCGGUUCCGUGGUCGGGCCCCUGGUCGGAGGUUUUCUUGCAGCACCGCCGACCUUCGUCGAGCCCUGUGCCGCGGUGGCGGGUUUUUCUCUACUCAGCUUCAUUGCGGCCCUCAUACUCCUCGAGCCGAGCACGGCCUACGAUCCACUGGAUGACGCCGCGCAACCCGCCGCCAAGGCCGUCGUCGACGAGGAGGCCCCGUUCGCGAGUGGUAUCCGAGGCCUCGAUAUUACACUUGAGGACGAACCUCCGCGGACACUGAGGGAGGUCCUUUCGGACCGAAGGAGUCCCCUCGUGCCCUUGUUAUUCUCCUUCGUGCUUUGUGCUUUGUCUACGACGGCCUUUUCGGAGGUCAUUCCGCUGCUCGCGUUUGCACGCGAAGGCUUGGGUCUCGACGUGAUGAGAGUAGGAUUGAUCCAGAGCAUCGCUUCAUUAACAGCAUUGCUCGGUUCCCAUCGCAUCAAGCGGACUCCACCAGCAGCCUACGAAAUCGCGCUGCUGGUGUGUGCCCUCUUCGCGUACCCGCUACCGCCCCUGGUCGCCUCGUACGCGCCGCGCUGGUAUCUCCUCGUCAUCCCGAGCUCAAUCGCAGCCUUAGCCGCGGAGGUUAUGAUGGGGGCGCUCCACAAGAUGCUCUCGAAGGCGGCGCCCGGGGACGUCGCGGCGUCGGCGCUCGGCGCGGGCCGCGCGGUCGCCCUCGUGGGUUUUGUCGUGGGCCCCGUCGCGGGGGGAAGCCUCUUCGCGGCGAGUGCGGGGCCCUCGGGGCUGCCCCCCUUUCUGCGGCGGGGCCGCCUCGCGUUCGCGUCUUGCGCGGCGGUCGCUCUCCUGAACGCGCGGCUCGCGUCCGCGCUGCCGCCGUGGCCCGCGGCGCGGGGGCGGGCCUGGCGGCGGCCGCGUUAG